GGAAGGAGUAAGAGGAGCACAGCAAGGGAGCAGCCUGCCAAUUCGGAAGGCAUCUGUCUGAGCCGGACUCACAGCCAAGCAUAUCGUCAGCUUUGCAGCAUCGGGACGACCUGACAAAGAUGAUCUUUGAGUCUCCUGCGUCUGCUGAUUCUGGCUGAUGGCCACAGCACACAUCCUGGAGCGAAUGUGAAGAAGCAGGCUGGGAGGAUCUACUUCUCAGACCCGAUAGUUGCAUGUUCUUCGAACAGAAAGAUGUAAUGGUCUGUUAUAAUCGAUCUUAAAAUUUCCAUAGUAGGACAAACAUCUGCUAAUGGUGUCACAGUGCGUAGGACCACAAAUGCUAGCAGAAUGUUUUCCUGGUUUGUUUUCAUUUAAUGCUUGAUCUCACUACCAAGGCUGUAAUUGCAAAUGAGAACUGAUUUACAAAUUGCUCUGUCUGGCAAUACGAAUCUACAUUCGGGGGUCGUUAUGAGCAACAGCUUCUCCCACACACUAGUGGAGCGGCAGCCCAAUCUAUUGAGCCGGAGUGGGUUGCAUUAUGGAAUGCUGCCCUCUAGUGGCCACCCAGAGCAUCGACACCUCCUCUCUAGCGACUCCUUUCCCCAAACCAUGCCCCUGCUGCUGUACCCUACCAGUGUGGAUACAGGCUUCUAUGAGGGCCCCUACCGGGGUGCCUCACCCUUCUUUCCCUACCUCCCUGCUUUUCGUGGACACUUGGGGCUUUAUGAGUGUCCCUUUGAGCCCGCCUUCAUCCAGAAGCGCAACGAACGCGAGCGCCAGCGGGUCAAGUGUGUCAACCAGGGCUACGCCAAGCUGCGUGAUCACCUGCCCGCGGCGGCUGGCGACAAGCGGCUCAGUAAGGUGGAGACGCUGCGUGCCGCCAUCCGCUACAUCAAGCACCUGCAGGCGCUGGUUAGCCAGCUGCCGCCCGGGGAGGCCACCUGCAAGGACCCCGUCUGCAGGGCCCUCCAUCUGGGAGACCAGGGCCACAGCGAUGGGGAGUCCGGCUCCUCCUCUCCGGGGCUCUACUGUGAGGAGUCAGAAGGAAGUGGGAGCUAGACCCAUGUU